UGCCCCCCCAAAAAAAAAAAAAAAACAAGUUGGCAUAUUUAAAGGGGCAGUGAGGCUAAAGACAACAAAUUGCUGCUACUCUUAUAAUAUACUCCAAUCUGUUUUGCUAAAGGGGCAGCUGCUUGGGCACAACACUGUGAUCAACAAUUUGAAGCCCUGUUUUGCCUGCUGAAAUGGAAGCAAAACUGAAAACAGAGAAAAAUGGUAAUGCUUCAAAGAAUUCAAGGAAGAGAAGCUUCAGUAGACCCUCUUGGCUUCUCUGCACUAUUGCCGAUUUGGAUACGAAGAUGAAAAAGUUGGUCGUGAACAUUCCCAAUAAAGGUGGUGCUGACAGUUUUACAGAACGCGCUGAUGCUUACUACCAGAAACGGCCACAGCUUCUGGCCUUACUUGAAGAAUUGUAUGGCAACUAUCUCUCUUUGGCAGACCGCUAUUGCCAAACACUUGCCAAGAACCAUCAUCGUCAAAAUUCCUUCCAUUAUGAUCAUGAUAAUGAUGAUCAAUUUGAUAAGGAAGAGAAGAACGGAUCAGAGAUUAUUGAUUCUGAUGCUGAGAGUUCAUUAUCAUAUCAGCCUCCAUUUCCAUCCACACAAGCCAAAUUUGAACCAGACAUGAUCAUUGCAGACUUGGUGAUCAGAAGUGUCGACUGUGAAAUCAUACUGCACGAGCUUAGUCAAGUGGACAAGCAUCGCAACGAGUCAUCAAGGAAGAUAGAGUUGCAGGAAAGCUUAUUGGAGUUGUUGGAAUCGGAGAGGUUGAUCUUGUUAAAUGAGAACGCGAGAUUGGGAUACAAAGUGGGUUCAUUGAUGGAGGAGAAUAAGGGAUUGUCGUCAGAGUCUUUGUUCAUGCAGAGGAAGGUAGCUGAGCUUGCAAGGUGCAUGCUAAACAGAAGGGAGAAUCACAGAGUUUGCAUGCUUAGUCGAAAAGUUGAGGAUCUUCAAGGUCAGAUAUAUGGAUUGGAGAGAAGGAACAAUGAGUAUUAUGAGCAGCUACUGAAACAUGAAGAAGAGAAAAGGAGCAGGUCCAAGAUGGGGUUGAAGGGUUGCUUUAAAGUGCCUGAAGAGGCUGUUGUUGGCAAUGUCAAAAAGGGUGAACAGCAGAGAGAAGUUGGAAAGAAAGUUCCCAAGUUCUGGGACAGGGUUAAAAAGCUUGAUGUCUUCCUUUGUGCACCUGAAUUUAACUGAACCUAUUGCUAAUAUAAUAAAAAGAAUAGUAUUGAAUAAAAUGUAUUGGUAAAA